AAACACUCUUCAGGACCACUAGCAAAAAGAAAAAUAGAUGAAUAUAAAAAAACACGAAUAAAAUAAAAUAUAAUUAAAAAUCCCGUAAAAUAAAAAUAAUAAAUAUGGAGAAAAGAAGAAGUAUGUUUAAUUUUGAAGGGGCAGACCGGAUGUGUGUAGCUACUACCUUUCCGGUGGAUGAAUGACGUCAUGGGGGAUGCGACGUGAAACCUGCUCCGUCCAUCAGCUCCGUUUAAAUCCCACCGUUAACCUCCAGCCGGUGAAGAGUGAUGCAACAGAAGUUGUGCUCCAGAGGUUCUGGUUCUUUCCUCUUGGAGAGGAACGGCCAGGCCUGCGGCGCCGUCUCCGACCCCUCCACCGCCGCCGCCACCGCCGCCGCCUCCUCCUCCUCCUCCUGUGACCUCCCCUUCCGCUGCCCCCGCUGUGGCGAACAGGAGCGUUUCCGGAGCUUGGCCUCGCUCCGCGCCCACCUGGAGUACCGCCAUUCGUACCACUCACCGGACGUGAGCAGUGGCGGAUUCAGCAUCACCGGUAAACUCCCCGACCCCCUGACGGCGUCGAUCCCCUGGCACGACAUGAGCCUCCCGACCCGUAGGGGGCAGCACAGCGCCGGGUGGAGGCCGCCUCACGUCCGCUCCCUCAGCGACAGCAGAGACGGAGGAUACCUGCACUCCUAUAACUCUGCGAGGAGGCGCACACAGAGUGUCGGUGUGGGGACGCAGGAGGGGGAUGAUGAAGAGGAAGAGGGGUCUGAUGGUGAGGAGGAGGAGGAGGAGGAGGAGGAGGAGGAAGAGGAGGAGGAGGAGGACUGUGUAGAGAGAGGUGGAGCUAGAAAUGAGGAGUCGUCCACCAAAAAGUCAGAAGUGGGUCAGCAUCAUGUGAACCACCAUCACCUCCCGUUCCUUCCUCCUCCGGCGCCUCUCGGUCCACCACCUGACCCGGACCUGGACCCAGACCCAGACCUGGACCUGGUCGCGGAGCAGCAGAACUCGUUCUCCGGUCUGGAGAUGGCGGCGGCCUCGGCUGCCGUGCGUCGGCGGCUGGCCAGCAUCCUGCGGGCGGCCGACAACACCAUGCAGCGGCGACUGGCUAAAGUGAGCACGGAGCUGGCCCAGACCGACACGGAGCUCCUGUGUGAGCGCGCUCACUCGCAGCACCUGGCCCAGGAGAGGCAGGAGGUGGCGGACAGAGAGCGGUCGCUGAGCCGGCAGGUGGACGUGGCGGUGAUGGUGAUCGCCGCUCUGAGGGAGCAGCUCAACGCCUCGGAGAACGAGCUGGAGCGGCGAGAGAGGGAGGUGUUAACCAUCCAGAAGUUCCUGGAGGCGGCGGUGCGACAGGAGACGUGCGGCAAAGUCCGAAUCCAGCGGUUCAUCGAGAACCUGCUGAGACGCAUCGCUCUGGCCGAGAGGCUUGUGGAGUAUUACCAGGUGAACGGCAGCCCGCCACAGUGCAACCACUACAGGCAGCACCAGCAGCAAACUGACAACGGCCCUCACAGAAUCACCAAAAGCAGGUCGGCGGGAGGUCAGCUGUCCUCUUCCGGUCACCCGGACAUCAGAACCCAGUCCUCCUCCUCCUCCCAGUUCGCCGGCCGCCCUCUUUACGCCAAGCCGAGCGUGGACCGGGACCGGGAGCACCGGGAGCGUCUGGCCCAGUCGUCCAGGCUUUUCUGCCGGCCCGAACACAGGGACGACAUCUGGAACCACCAGCGGCGCCGGUCCACAGGGUACGAGGCCUAGCGGCGUAGAUCAGCACCAGACCAGGGGGAUCAGGGGGAGCGGUGUCAGCGGGCCAAACUUCACCACACGAAAAAAAACUUUUAUUUGUGUUUAGAGACAGGAAUAGAAAAUAAUUUGACAUUUGUUUCCUUUCAAACUCCAAGGUUAAAGAACUCGAAGCAAUAACUAAUAUCACUGCUCGUUGUAAUGAAGCUGUUGCACAUUUUGGUGCUUUCCAUAUGUUAUUAUAUGGAAUUAGACUCAAUGCUUCAACAUUCAGAUAUAAAACUCCGCCACUUCUCUUCUGAACAUGCUAAUGUUUGGUAAGGUGAGGCCGGUUUAAGGUUUAGCCUGAUGACACGUUCUCUCCUCCGUCGUUCUCCGUCUGGUUCCCCCCCCCCAGAAAACUCUCGACCAGUCCAGAUAUCGUUUCUCUGUCUGUGCUUUCAAAGCUAAAUGUUAGCGUGGUUAUUUAGAUCAUUCACGGUCCGGGGCUGGGAUGUGCUAUUAUUAGAGUCAGUCACAGGAAAUCAUUGAGGAUGGAUUUAAUUUGUCCACACCUGACAUUUAAAAUGUGUAAUGUGUAAAUGAGCAGCAGCGCCACCAUGUGGUCAGUAGAAUAUUGUAUCAGCUGCUGCCUCUGAUGGAUCUCUACCUACCACUGCACUUGUGGAGUUCAUAAUGUUUUAUUUAAUGUUUAUGUUCCACCUCUUUAGCAUCCGUCCUUUAGCUCACAUAUGUAGCUAACUUCUGGAACAAACAUUAGCUUAAUUAGCGUUCUGGCUGUGAUCUCUUAAUACGAUUUGAUGCAGAUGUGGUGAAAGGAAACAGCCAGGGCUGUCGUAUUUUAGAUAAUCUAAUUUAUUAAUGAACAUUUUGUGUAAUUGAAGCAUCGUGAGCUUCUCAUUUGGUUUUAAAAGCACAGACAGAAGUCCAGUGACACUAGACCUGGGCCAAAUGCACCACGCAUGUUAUUUUUGGGCGUUCCUUUAAACUUCCUGCACUUAAAGUCAAAAUAUUUCCAGAAAUAUAAUUUGCUGCUGCCACGUGUGACAUGAUUCAUAGUUUGUUACUGAGAGUCAGUCUAGAUACCACGAUGUCACAAACAAACGCCGUCAGAGGAUCAAGAUGGCAGCGUCCGUUUCCAAGAUGUUUUGGCUUCACUUCUGUGCAGCUGUCAUGUGUCUGCCUUCCUAAAAAAAACAUAUCAAAAUCAAACAGUUACUCACAACAUUUUUAUUUGCUGAAAACCGAUGAGAAGUGGGACUCGUUAGUGGAGCUUGUACUCGUUUUCCACCAAACCGUUUCUAAACUGGUUCCAAACAGGUUUCAAGACUGGUUCGGACCCAGUGCCUUUGUUUUCCCAAAGCCUGAGCACCGGCCAAAUCGGUUCCAAAUCGAUUCCAAAUCGGUUCCAAAUUGGUUCCAAAUUGGUUCCAAAGCCAAACCGGUUCCAAAUAGGUUUCAAGGCUGGUUCCAAACUAGUUCCAAACUGGUUCCAAGGGUUCAAGACUGGUUCGGACCCAGUGUCUUUGUUUUCCCACAGCCUGAGCACCGGUUACCAAAUCGGUUCCAAAUCGGUUCCAAAUCGGUUCCAAAUUGGUUCCAAACUGGUUUCAAAGCCAAAUAGGUUCCAAAUCUUUUCCAAAUCGGUUCCAAAUUGGUUCAAAACUGGUUCCAAAGCCAAAUCGGUUCCAAAUCGGUUCCAAAUCGAUUCCAAACUGGUUCCAAAGCCAAACCGGUUCCAAAUAGGUUUCCAGGCUGGUUCCAAAUUGGUUCCAAACUGGUUCCAAGGGUUCAAGACUGGUUCGGACCCAGUGGCUGACGUAGCAUCGGUUCUUUGUUUUUCCACAGCGUGAGCAACGGCCAAAUCGGUUCCAAACUGGUUCCAAACUAGUUCCAAACUGGUUCCGAGUAGGUUUCAGGCCUGGUUCAGAGUCAGUGCCUGACUUGGCACCAGUUCUUUGUUUUUUCACCAGUUCCAAACUGGUUCCAGACAAGCACCAGCCUGUAGCUGGACUAAACAGGGGCCAGAGCAAAGAACCAUUUCAGAACCAGAACCAGAAUCAGAAUCAGCUCUACUGGCCAACUACGUGUGCACAUACAAGGAAUUUGGCUCCGGUCACUUUUGCUCUACUGUAAAAAACAAAAACACAGAACUUACAUAAGCGUAAAAAUAAAAGUGGAAAGAGCCUGGUGCUUUCUGCGUCUGUGGACUUCAUCUGAUGUCCAGGACGGGUUGGAUGGACCAGAACCUCACAGCAGCUUUGCUCCAAAACUUCCAGAGGACGGAUGAAACACUUGUUGGACCGAUGGGGCUCAUGGAGUCACAGCGAUGAAGAGUUAAAGAUUGGACUCCCCACCUUUUUUUUGCACACUGCAGCAGCUCCUUGCUUUUCCUUGUCUUCUGUCAACAUUUUAACGUAACUUCAUUAUGAUGACGUAGUGAUGUGCCUCUGACUUGGCUCUUGGUCUAUGGAGAAGCAAACAUUUGGAGCCACCAGGCUGGAACCAGUUGAACACCGGACCAGCACCAGGUUCCUUGUGCUAGCAUGAGUUAGCCGCCAUUUAAUCUGCACAGUAUUUACUAUGACCGUCUUGUUGCACCAAGUGGAGAUUGAUCCGCCACUAAAAAUAGUCCCUUUCUUUUGCGCUGACGAAUCAAGUGCAGGAAGGAGUUGAUUUAUUCACCCAGAUGAAAACCAGCCGCUUACAUGCAGCAGCAUCUUGGCCCGAGUCUGGAGGACGCCGCACACAUAACGAAUGUACUCCGCGUUAGAGAUGUCGAGCUCGGAGACCCGACCGUCGGGCUUAAACUCGCUCUCGUUCACACAUAAACAUAAACGGGUGGAGAUUCUCCGAUCACAAACGAAUGACUUCCAAAGUGACUUACAGGGCCGCGGUUGCGUACACUACAUUUGCAGUAAACUGAAGGACUCGUGAAGGCCCGUCGAACCGAAUCAUUCCUCUCGGCCUGCGUCGUUCCGUGCGAUCUCUUUUACAUUUUUGCACUCAUCCAAUCAAAAACGAAUGUAAAUGUAGAAGACGGUAUUCGGUGUAAAAACGUAUCUUUGCUGUCGUUGGUUUAGGUUUUGUCGACGGUGUUAAUAGAUAUUUUAUAUACGAAGCUAUUAAAUGUCGUUAAGUGGAAGUUUAUCGUCGCAUUGCUUUCAACUUAUCUGGUUCUUAUUACGUUCAUGGUUUAACAGGGUGUCUGCAGGUUCUGGUGAGGUCGGACUCUUAUAAGCUCUUGCGAUGAUGAGUAAACAUGUAAAUGUAGAAAUGUACAGUAUGUGUUUGACUUUUAAAAACCCUAAACGUGCGUCACGGUGCAGUAUUCCUGCAGCGGGAAGUCGUGGCAUGCUUCUGAUGGGUCGCCAUGAAGAUCUUUCAUUUGCUAUUUCCUUUCAGUUGAUCUUGAUUAUAUUUAUAAGUGAAAUUAUUAAUGUACAAAAAACUAAAGUCUGAGCUUGCAGACACCCCCUCUCCUCCCCGCCCCCCACACUAAGACCAGACCAGCCAUCGGGUCAGAAUUCUGAUUUAUUGGAGUAUUUUUAAGCCAAAAUUGUAUAAACGUUGAAUAAAUCAGAUUAAAAUGUUAAAACCUAGAUGGAAUAUAUCUUAAACUUUAAUGUUUUAUGGUCUUAAAAUGUGCUCAGAGCCUCAAACGCUGAGUGAGAGCGUGAUCCAUAUAAAUCUGGACAAGUUGUCUCCUUAGUUUGUCCCAGAGCAGCGAUGGACAAAGGCCCCGUUCAGACUUUACAUUAAAACCCAUGGACUCAAUUAAUUAAUUAAUUAAUUAAUUAAUUAAUUAAUUAUAAUGUGUCUCCAUUAACUCGUCCUCAGUCAGAACCGGAGAUCUGAUCUCAGUCUGGGUGUGAAUCAGCAGCAGCGCCACCAUGUGGUCAGUAGAAUAUUGUAUCAGCUGCUGCCUCUGAUGGACCUCUACCUACCACUGGACCAGAA